AUGGAGGUAAAUACAGCACCACCUGCUUAUGAGCAGGAUAAGAUCGCUGAGCGGAAGGAUCUGCCAUUGGACGAGGAGGGCCAGCUCAAGUCUGGUGAGGUCCACGAUGCUUUCGGCAACGAGGAGUACGCUGAGAUCAAGUAUAAAACCUUGAAGUGGUGGCAAUGUGGCUUGCUCAUGAUCUGUGAGUCAGUUUCACUGGGUGUGUUGUCGCUGCCUGCAGCCGUCGCUACCCUGGGCCUUGUCCCUGGUGUCAUCCUGAUUGUCGGCCUCGGAAUUCUCGCAACAUACACUGGCUACAAUAUUGGCCUCUUCCGCGAACGGUACCCUCAUAUUCAAAACCUGGGUGAUGCCGGCGAGAUCUUGCCAGGCAAGUUCGGCCGUGAGCUGUUCGGUACUGGACAGUUCCUCUUCUGUAUUUUCGUCAUGGGCAGCCACAUCCUGACCUUCCGCGUCAUGAUGAACACCCUCACCAACCAUGGCGCCUGCUCCAUUGUGUUCAGUGUCGUCGGUAUGGUUAUCUCGCUCCUCCUGUCCAUCCCCCGUACAAUGAAGGGCAUGACUUGGAUUUCGUUUGCAUCAUUCCUCAGCAUCUUGAGCGCUGUUGUCAUCACCAUGGUUUCGGUGGGAGUCCAAAGUCACCCCGAACGUGUCAUCCAAGCCACAGUCGAGACCAACCUGUACACCGCUUUCCAGUCUGUCUCAAACAUUGUUUUCGCUUACUGCGCCCACGUCGCUUUCUUCGGUUUGAUUGCCGAGAUGGAGACGCCCCAGGAUUUCAAGAAGUCCUUGUUCAUGCUCCAGGGCUUUGAGAUCGCCCUCUACCUGUCCGCCGCCGUUGUAAUUUACUUCUACAUUGGCACGGAUGUGCAUUCCCCUGCCCUCACCUCUGCAGGACCCCUGAUGAGCAAGAUCGCCUACGGUGUUGCUAUCCCCACCAUUGUUGGUGCCGGUGUUGUCAACGGCCAUAUCGGCUUGAAGUACAUCUACUUCCGCCUCUGUGCCAAAUCGGAUCUGAUGCACCAGCGCAACAAGCGUUCCGUCGGUCUUUGGAUUGGUCUUGGUGUGGCUUGCUGGGUUGUUGCGUGGAUUAUCUCGGAGGCUAUUCCUGUCUUCAGCGACCUGAACAGUUUGAUCAGUGCUCUUUUCGCUUCCUGGUUCAGCUACGGUCUCUCCGGUAUCUACUGGCUCCACCUCAACCGCGGCGAGUGGUUCGCCUCUCCCCGCAAGAUUUUCCUCACCAUCCUCAACAUCGGCAUUGCCUGCUUCGGUUUGGCGCUGUGCGUUCUUGGCUUGUAUGCUUCUGGCACGUCUAUCAGCAAGAACGCCAACAGUAACAGCUUCACCUGCGCCAACACUGAUACUUAG